AUGCUUCGUCGAGCCCAUAAUGCGGCGCGGUUUAAAGCUUCGGUGACGCCCAAGCGUAUGCUUCUCUUCUUUUUCUCCUUCUUUACUCAAGAUGUCCUCCUGCUUCUUUUAAUCAGACUUCUCCUGAGCCAUUGGGUGCCUAGUGCUGCCAAGCCACGGAGGAUCGUCAAUACACUCGCGAUCUCGUUGAUGACCUACAACACUCUCAUUUGCACUGUCUCGGUUUCGUUUUAUCUAGUCUCGGGAUCUGAAAUUCAUUGGCGCAAUAUCGGUUUCAUGGCCGACCCAACGGCUCAGGCAAUUAUCCUAUCGGGUCUGACAGCUUUCAUCGGUGUCUUUUGUGUCUUCGCUUGCUUAGCCGCAUUACUUCAGGUAGCGUGCUACACUCUAUUCGGCUGGGGUGGAGACCUCGUCAAUUGGCCUCUUACUUUGAUCUGUCGCCAAUUGGGUCAUCGAUUUAGCUACGAUGCGGUAUGGCAACGAGAAGACCUCUCAUGGCUCGACAUCGAGAGCACCCCUUAUCACGACAAGGAACUCAAGCGAAAGCUCAGCUCGCCCUCAGUAUCGCUGUUGAGCUCACCCCGAAGCUCUAGAGGAGGUUCACCAGUACGAAGAUCCAGACUCGGUCGUUUUCUACGCAUACUGCCUUACCCCAUUGUUACUCUUCUAUUAACGGCACUAUUUAUCCUUACUUUUAUUCGACCCAAAGAUCCUUCCCUGAUCUUUCUUUCUUGGACUACUGGACUUCUACCUUUCAUCGACUUUGCCUCGUCGCCUUUUCUCGACAAUCUUCCAUCGGUUUUCGGAAAGGGAGUACAGCGAAGCUGGGACGAUCGAACCGCACUUGUACAACCUACCCCUUUGAGUUGGCUCCCAAUGGACAUACCAGCCCUGGACGGUUUCAAAGACUGGUAUCUCGAGCAACCGCAUUAUAGCGCCAAGGCCGACCCUAUGAGAGUCUCAAAUCUCGACGAGCCCUUACGAGAUUCUCUCCGAGGGAAGUUAAAAAACCUCAACAUUCGACAUGUAGUUCUAUUCUUCCUGGAAAGUACCCGACAUGAUGUCUUUCCUAUCAAGAAGGAUGGUCUAGUAUGGAAUCGAUUUGCCGAUACAUUCCCGCAUGGACUGCCACAAGAGGUUCAGGAAAAGCUUGCAAAAUUAACACCAACAGCAAAUUUCAUUACAGGCGAUUACGCGGAUGGUUUCGAACAUGCUAGUAAACCGAGACGAGGAGGGAUUCGCUUCACCAACGCACAUACCUCAGGAACAUACACCCUCAAAAGCCUAACAGGUUCAAUCUGCGGCAUAUCUCCCCUAGCUGCAGAUUUCAAUCUGGACUACAGCCAUCAUAUCUACCAGCCUUGCUUGCCGCAUAUUUUCAACGCACUCAACAAAGCGGAGGAGAAACAGGCCCGCACAAAAGAAGCUAGUCAGAAGGACAAGUGGAAGUCCUAUUUUUUCCAAGCCGCGAAACUCAACUAUGACAGCCAUGGUGCUUUGAUGUCCGCGAUGGGGUUCCCGGAUGAGGGCAUAAUUGGCCAGGAAUAUCUUCGCAGCGCGAACGCGAGGCACGGAGCCGUCACGUUGGAAAACAUUAACGACUUCGCCUUUGAAGAAGAUCCAUUGGAAGACUAUAUUAACGAUGUCUUCAAAAACGCCGUCACGGAAAAUAACCGCGUAUUUCUGAGCCAUAUUACAUCCACUAGCCACCAUCGGUUUCACAUGCCCAAGAGAGAAAAGUAUACACCUCUGGCCAACGGUGGUCAUCUUGAUAUGAUGUCAAGAUACAUCAACACAAUUGGGUAUGAAGACAGAUGGAUUCGCAAGGUCCUUGAUAUCUUGGAUAAGCAAGGAGUUGCCAAUGAGACUUUGGUCAUCUUUCAAGGCGACCAUGGUGUAUCUCUUCCAGAGAAUGAUAUCGCCUCGCCGUACUAUAACCCCAAUGUUGGUGUUGAGCAUGUGCCGUUAGUCUUCUCACAUCCCCAGCUACCAGCAUUCGAUGUGGAUGAGGGUGUGCAUGCGACCCAAAUCCUACCCACAAUCCUAGACAUCCUCCUCGAAACAGGCUCACUGAGCAAGACAAGCCGCCAAGCAGCCCAGGACCUAAUACGGAAUUACGAAGGACAGUCGCUUCUUCGUCCAUUAGCUACUGGCAAUGGGCAAUGGCAGUUCACCAUUACUAAUCCUGGCCGUGCUAUGCUUAGCAUCAGAGACGGCCGGUAUCCAGAGCGCCAUCUUGUUGUGCCGAUAAUAGAACACGUGGCGUGGAAACUGGCGGACCUGACGAAGGACCCUUACGAACAUAACCCUGUACAAGCACUAGACUUCAAAUCGUUCUUACAAGAGGUAGAACAGAGGUUUGGAAGAGAUGUUGCGGAGUGGGCGGAAGAAGGAGCAUUUAUGACGAGAUGGUUCGUUAAGGAAAACAGCAAGCGUUGGCGUUUUGAUCUUUAA